AUGGCCCCGACCCCUGAGUCUGCCGCUUUCCUGGCCAAGAAGCCGACUGUUCCCCCAACCUUUGACGGUGUCGACUACGAUGAUACGCCUCGGUUGAAACAAGCACAAGAUGCUAUCAUUCGGGAGCAAUGGGUGAGGAGCAUGAUGGCGAGACUUGUCAGGGAGGAGUUGGGGAAGUGCUAUUACAAAGAGGGGGUCAACCAUUUGGAAAAGUGCGGUGCGCUGAGAGAACGAUACUUUGAGCUGUUGAAGGAGUCGAAGAUUAAGGGAUACCUGUUUCAACAACAAAACUACGUGCCAAAGAACGAAUAG